AUACAACAUAAGUCUACAAAGGGAAAAGUAGCUUAUCAUUUUUCUGUGUUUCAGUUUCUCAUAGUUGUGGUAGACAGCACAGAUAGAGAGAAACUACCAGUCACCAAAGAAGAAUUAUGGAAAAUGUUAAGUCAUGAGGAACUUAACAACACAUGUGUAUUAGUGUACGCUAACAAACAAGACCUGAAAGGUUGCAUGACUCCAGCUGAAAUAUCAGAACAACUGAAACUUACUUCUUUAAAGAAACAUAGAUGGCGAAUUCAAGCAUGCUGUGCUCUUACAGGAGAAGGAUUAUAUCAAGGUCUUGAGUGGAUUUAUUACCAGCUGAAAAGUAAAAAGUGAUGACCUUGUAGCAACUAGAUAUGGUAUUGUGACAGAUAAUGUUCUUAUUGUACCUAUGGUAACAUGAUGUGGAAAAGUCUCGGAGGUUAGAGAGCUGGAUGGUAAUACGAAGAGUUCCUUCCACCAGUAACUGUAUGUUUGCGAUCGAGUAACCUGCUGUUGUGGAAAGUUAGAAAAAAAAAGACCACAUUUAGCUUUACAGUGUUUUUAAAACUGUUUUAAGGUUGUCAAAACUGGAUGACAAAGAGUUUUAAUGUAGCCACUGUCGUGACCUGUAUGUAGAAAUCUCAGUAGAAAGGUAUUGAGUGCAUCGAAAGUUAAUAAACUCUUCGGGACAUGAAACUCGCAUGUGUUUAGUUACACGGGCUGUUCCGUAAUACUUAUUCGACAGGUUGAAUUCGGAAAGCUAUCUACUGUCAGUUUCUUAUUUAUGUGUGAUCUGUUUCAAGCGUGAUUUUCUUAUAAUAAUGAUAAUAAUAUAAAAAGAGUAUCUUGUUUACCUAAAAUCAGAAACAUGAAAGUUUAUGAAUUUUUCUAUAUUCAAUGUACAUUUAUUCACAAAUACAAAAUUUUGUAGAAAAGCUUUAUGUAAACUGUUGAGUAUUGUGUCUUUCAUUAGCAGUUAUGCGGUGUUUGACUCGUGUUCUUUUUAUGUAAAACUAAGAUAUACUAUCAGUGUUAUUUAAAUCAAUGAGAACUUGAGAAAUAUUUGGUAAUUUUUUGAAACUUCUAAGAUUAUGGAUUGAAUAUUUAUGUUUCAAAAUUCAUUUUUAAUAAAGUGUUUCUUAAUAAAUGUGUAUGCUAUGCUUGAAAAAAAAAAGUUUUAUAAUAAUUAGUGUACAAAAUACUCGUCAAGCUUUAUUAAAUUCAGUCAAUUUUAAACUUUGUAAAUAGGGCCUAAAAUAAGUGUGUGGUUCUGGUUUCCCAACUGUCCAUAUUUUAUACGUUACACUAAUUUAAAAACAUCCAAAGCAAAACAAAUUCUACCACCUUUUUAUUAUUAAGGCUUGGGACUCGUCAUUAUGUGUGAUAGUCAUAACCUUUGAUAAAGGCUUGGGACUCGUCAUUAUGUGUGAUAGUCAUAACCUUUGAUAAAGGCUUGGGACUCGUCAUUAUGUGUGAUAGUCAUAACCUUUGAUAAAGGCUUGGGACUCGUCAUUAUGUGUGAUAGUCAUAACCUUUGAUAAAGGCUUGGGACUCGUCAUUAUGUGUGAUAGUCAUAACCUUUGUUUCUCUCUAAAACUGAGAAGAAACUAAAUUAGAAUUUCUAAUUGGAUUUUUUCUAAUAUGAAGUGACUAAAAAGUGUACAGAUAUGUCUUGUACUUGCUAAUGGUGUAGUGUUUGAUAAAGAGUUAUUUUUUAUUAAUUUUCUGGAUAUUAAAGUAUCAAUGUGAUAUUUUACUAGUAGAAACACUGUUCAGAUUUAAGGUUUAUAUUUUCUAAGGAAAAUUGUGGCAAACUACCAAGUCAUUUGCAUAUUAGUGUUCAAUAUUUGAAUCGGAGAAAAACUGGAAGUCCCUUAACCUAUUGUUUUUAUUUGUAUUCAUCAGUUUAUUAAUCAUAAAAGUAAACCUUACAAAUUUACUUUCUAAGAAUUCUUCCAAAAACAAGAUUAGACUUCUUUCUAGACUGUAGAGUUCCUCCAUGUUGUUAUCUUUGUAGUAGCUUGUCAAUUUUAUGUUGUAUAAUAUACAGAAACUUCAAACACUUAAAGUUCUAACAGUAAAAAUGUUCAUAUUAAAAUAUUUUGAAAUGGAA